AUGGCCAGACUUCUUUGCUUGUCCUUCCUAGCGGCGGCUCCUCCCUUUCUCCUUCUGGCACCUCCGUUCCGGCCACUCCAAGAGCAGCGUGACUCGCAUGACGCGACCGACGCGCGUGACGUGCGUGGAUCAGCAGACCGGGCAGAAGCGGUGGCUCUUUCAAGGCAGCCGGAUGCGCCGACUGUCAGCAGCUUUCCCACCAGCGCUUCCAAUCUUGAGCCCACAGAGGACAACCGCUCUGUUCCUCGAUGCUGGCUCUAUAAUGAGAAGCCCUGCCCCAACGGUGAGGGCGUUGGUGGCAUGUUCCGCCGUAUUGAGUUCAUCAUAGCCCUAGCUGAGAAAUAUGGUUGUGCCUAUGUUUGCAACCCUCAAGAUUGGGAAACUGGUGGUCAUGCUACAGGCAAUGUGGGCUCGUUGUUUGGCUGCCGGAAGGAUGGCGUUGUUGGAGAUGCGAAGCGCAUCGCUUCCAGAAAAGCCAUCGGGAGAGUCAGGUCUGCAACUGUCCGCGUGGAGUACGACAAGUCGCGGAGCGUUCGCUUGAAAGGGGGCAAGCCGCUUCUUCGCAGCAGUGCUUGGUACAUUCGUCGUUCGCUGGCUGACGGGGUGUACAAACUGCAAUGCCCAGGGGUGCAAACCGUGACGCAUGAGACGACAUGGCAGUGGAUUCAAGGCCAAUUUGAUGCCGUGCGGCUUGCAGAGGGCCGAUCUGCAGCAUUCUGGGGCUCGGCCACCUUCAGGAUAGCCAUACAAAUGCGCCGGGGUGAUCGGCCUGAGGCCUGCCCGCUGUACUUGUACCUCAACGCCCUGCGCUUCGUCUUUGGCGCAUUGCCGGGGGUCACUUCUCGCAACACCAAGCUGCUGAUCAUCGGGGAGGUGGACCCUGCGAGUCCUGAGUUCGCGUGCCUGCGGCGCUUUGGGGGCGCAGUGGACUUUUUGGCCGGCCGGGCCAUCUUGGGGAAGGGCAGCCAGGGCUACGAGAGUCUGCGACGGGACUUGGACCACAUUGCGGGGUCCAACGUGUUGAUCCUUGGGGGUGGCGGCAGCUUCCCGUCCUUGGCCGCCUUGGUGCAGAGAACAGAUGCCGGCCAGGUGAUUUUGCACUCCAGGACCAAGGACUCAGCGCUGGACGGCCUGCCCCAAGCCGUGGUGCUGGACGUGCACGGGCGCGCCGAAUGUGGAGCAGAGCUCAAGCUCAAAGGUCUCGGGGACGCGGAGGUGUUGCCAACGGGUGAGGGGCAGAUGAGCAAACAUUUGGAGCUGGCCAUCCAGGACUACAGCGCCUGGUUCCAGGUGGCCAACCCCUGUCAAAACAAGGUGGCGCGGGAUGGUUUUGAUGGCAAAAGCUGGAAAUGUGCCCUGCCGAACUUCACGAAACCGCUGCCAUGCAUGCAAGACAGCCCGGCGAGCCCUGUUCAACCACAGAGCACCUUGGAGAGCGCUGCCGCUGCGUCGCUCUAUCCGCUGGACAAGCGAUACCUCGCAUGCACACGCCCGUGUGACCGUGCCUGCCUGGCUAUGCCGGGUGAUCUUCCUGGGAAAUGUGGGCGAAUGGGCUGCUGCAAGCCAUGGGGCACAUAUCGGAAUUUUACAAGCAUACCCCACAAGCAUGUCGCCCUUUACCAGUCACGGUGCGCAGGCAACAUCAAUCAUGACUUCCACCAGAACUUUUGGCCGCUGUACUGGUGGACAGCGGUCUAUGACGAUGCUGCCAUCCUGGUGGACAGGAAGCAAGACAGACCCGCAUCUGACUGUGCAGGUGCAAACUACUGGACUGACCAGAUAUUCUGGCGGGUUGCAAAGCUAAAGAAUUGGACUGUCUACAACUUCUCGCGCGAGACACAUUAUUGCUUCACAGGCCAGUUGCACGUCAUGGAGUCGGUGGGCCCCUGCUGCGACUACGCGCUGCGCCCUAUGCCGCUGCUGCGCCUGGGGAAGCGGGAUUUAUGGUCGGCGGUGCUGCAGCGGGAGCCCCAAGUUCAAGACCCAGGAGGCGGCGUGGUGCUCUACACCAGGGGCCGCUCCUCCUGGCGCCGCAUCCGGGACCCGCAGAAGCUUGAGCCACUGUUCCGCGGCAAGGUCCAGAUCUUGGACGACGUGCCCAAGACCCUGGUGGCACAGGCCCAGCUCUUCGCGUCAGCAGGCCUUCUGCUGGCUCCCAACGGGGGCUGGGCUCCCAACGCCGUGUUCAUGGGCUCAGACGCCUGCCUGGUGGAACUGCACCAGUACAAGAUGGACAGCUGGAUCGUGAUGUUUGGCCUUGCAAAGACUCUGGCUGAAGUUUUGCUGGUCGUCGGAGACUACAGGGACCCUAAGGCACAGAAAAUCGUGCGCAGAGGGCGAGUGGGAGGCGAUGACGACUUCCUCGUCACCGGCGCAAGGAGCGCCAGCAGCGCUGGCUACCCCGAGCGCAGCAGCAGCGUCGCGAAGGCCUGGCCGGCAGUGCCGAAGAAGGUCCAGUUGCAGCAGCCAAGACGGAGCCGAGCCCAAGCAGGAGGCGAAGAGUUCGACCGGCCUAAGCGCACGUCGGCUUCAGUGGGUCUGAAGGAGGGUCCGGCCAGCCCUUCCAGAGCGCUGCGAGCGCGUCAGGGCGCGCCUAUUGCCAAUCUCAUGGUGGGCAUCGUUGGGAAGGAAACGAUCAAGCAAGAGGACGCCGAGGUGCCCAACAGCCUUGGGCAGAGGCCAACGGAGGAUGCCACCAAGGUGGAUAAGAUCAUCGAGCAGGUGGUGGUCCGCCAUGCGGUGCAGGACGACCACCGAGAGGAGGAGGCGCGCCUUACCGUCAAGGGCAACGCUACCAUGAAAGCGGUGAAGGAGGCGCUGGUUGCACACGUGGGCAAGCCGGAGCUUUUGCACAGCUGUCGCUUGGUGCAACCCGUGGGGGACAACGGCGCCUUCUCCUCCUUCAAGGACUCUGAGAAGCUGAACAGCCGUCGUGCCUUGCUGGUACUGGGCAUGCCAAGCCUGAGGCCGCCAAGCGAGUCCAGCGAGAGGAAGGUCGAUGCCUGGCCGGCGCAACCAACUCCGGUGCCGGCCCCCACGCCGGUUCUGAAGUCGGCGCGUCCGGCAGCGCCGAAGCUCACCACGUUUCAGGCGCUCUCGUUGCAGCGGGACUUGCUGCAGGGCUUCUCGGACGCCGACUUCCAAGCUAAGCGCCAGGAGAGCUGA